AUGGCUAUCAUCAUGCGCUUCUCAACCCUCAUCCCUAUGCUGCUUGCAGCCGGUGUUGCCAAUGCCCAGUUUGGCGGCCAAGGUGGAAACAACGGUCAGAACAACGGUCAGAACGGCGGCAACAACGGACAAAACAACGGCCAGAACGGAGGCAACAACGGUCAGAACAAUGGUCAGAACAACGGCGGCAACAACGGUGGUAACAACGGAGGCAACAACGGCGGUAACAACGGAGGCAACAACGGCGGUAACAACGGAGGCAACAACGGCGGUGGUGGUGGUAACCUGGCCCUCAACCCUGAUGUUGUUCAAACCGCCAGUCAGUCCGAUGGAUUCGACCAGGGCCAGGAAGAUGGACAAGCCGCGUCCCUCACUGACCAAGCCAACUUCAUCAACUUCUGCCAAGGCAAGACCCUCACCAACGGUCUCCAGGUCAAGGAGGGAUCCUGCAACGGUAUCGUCAUGGGAGAUAUUCCUGCCGUUGGCAACAUGAUCUCUGCGGUCUUCACUGAUCCUCAGAACAACGACGACAAGGCCGAAAACCAGAAGAUUGACUUCUCCGUGAAGAUCACCAACUUGGAGGCCGGUUCUUUCACCAACCCUGACAACACCUACUACGCUGCCCCACAGACGCUUCAGGGAGGCAACGUCGUUGGCCACACCCAUAUCUCCGUCCAGGACAUGGGUAACGACCCCAACAACCCUCCUGAUGCUCAGAACUUUGCUUUCUUCAAGGGUAUCAACGACGCUGGUGACGGCAAUGGUCUUCUCACUGCCACGCUCGAGGCUGGUCUCCCUGCCGGUAACUACCGUGCUUGCUCUAUCACCUCUGCCUCCAACCAUCAGCCUGUUGUCAUGCCCGUUGCUCAACGUGGUCCUCAGGAUGACUGUGUACGAUUCACAGUUGGUGCUGGUAACGGUGGCAACAACGGCGGUAACAACGGCGGCCAGAACAACGGACAAAACAACGGUCAGAACAACGGUCAACAGGGUGGGCAGAACAACGGUCAACAAGGCGGCCAGCAGGGUGGCCAGCAAGGAGGUCAACAGGGCGGCCAGCAAGGUGGUCAACAAGGCGGUCAACAGGGCGGCCAGGGCGGCCAAGGUGGCUUUGGCGGCUUCGGUCGUGGACGUGGACGCGGACGCUUCAACCGCCGCAGCUUUGCAGCCCGCGACUUCGUUGCUUGA